AUGAACAAGGUUAGACAGAAUUAUAUAAGUAAUCAGAAUGGGAUUCUUUGGGAUUGGAAGUGGAGUAGGCUUCCAAACUGUACCGAAGAGAAAAAUGAAUGGGAAGAACUAAGGACUUUACUUUUAAAACAAUCAUUGAGUGAUAAUGAAGACAUUUGGAGAUGGAAGGAGAAUAAGGAGAGGGGAUUCGCUGUAAGAGAGGUUAGGAAGGAAUUGUAUGGUACAAUUGAUAUAAACACGGUUCCAGGCGACUUUGAAUGGAGCAGAAUUGCAAUAGCAAAAGUGAACUUAUUUUUUUGGAGGGCAGUGGAAGGAAAGAUACCAACGUUGACUGCGUUAAGAAGAAGGGGAUUACAGUUGGGAUCGGACUUGUGCAUGGUUUGUGGUUUAGAACCUGAAUCGGCUGACCAUAUUAUUAUACAAUGCCCGGUUGCAAAAGAGGUGUGGCUACAAAUCUGGGUGUGGACCAAAGUACUAUUUCGUGAUCAACAGGAGAGUAUGAAAGCAAGAUUUCAAGAAAAAAAUGAUUGGCCCGAAAGGAAGGUUAAAAUAAUAUAUGCCAUCCACCUUUUAAUGGCAUGGUAUCUAUGGAGAAAUAGAAUUAACAAAGUGUUCAACAACAAACUCACGAACCCAAACAAGAUAUUGGAAGAGAUCAAAGAGGAGUCUUUCGAUUGGAUGAGGACUAGAGCAAAGAUCAUGGAACUAACUUGGAACGAGUGGAAGAAUUUCACGUUUACGGAAUAA